AUGACUGAAAACUGUAGAUACGCUGAAUCAUCAUAAUUUAAUUAUCACUUGCUAACUAUCCCUCAAUCUAACGGAUCUAAAUUAUUUUUGUAUUAUAGAAGAUAUGCAAAGAAGAAUGUGUUAGAAGCAAUAAAAGACGAAAGUAAGAGUCUUUAUGACAUAUUUGAUUAGUUGAAAGCCGAAAAGAAGCAAGAGCAACCUUUAAAUAGAAAUUAAAAAGGAGAAAAAGAACCAGUUCCUGAGCAUAGAACAUUAUAGAUAAUUAAUUUUGAUAGACCAUUUGAAGAUGAGCAAGUUAAAAAAUGGUUUAAAGUUAUGGGAAAACUUAGAUAAGUUUAUACUGGAUCAUAUAAAAAUAAGAAAGCUUAAGGGAUAGCAAAGAAAAUUUACUUUGGUUUGGUAGUCUUUAAAAAUGAAUACGAUAUGACUUAAUGCUUUGAUAAUGAUCUUUUCUAGACUAAACUUGAAGAAUAUAUGAAGUACUAGCGUAGAUAGUAAGAUUCUGAAGGCAAAGAAUAAUACUUAAGAAAUCUUUUAUCUUCAUACGAAGCAAACACUAUAGAUGAAGAAAAACUAGAAUUUUUAUCAAAAAUGGAACACGGAGGAUUUAAAAUAAUAACUGAUAAAGAGGGUGAAUAUGAUCCCAAGUAAGUAGAUUAAAUUAAUGCAGAUCCUACACUUGAUCGUUAUGGCAACAAGAAAAAGCAAAAAAAUAAAGAAUUCUAAGAUUUUUACAAGUUUUAAGUGAGCAGAGCAAGCUUAGCAGAUACUUUGGGUAUGUAGAAUGAAAAGGUUUUAACUGACAAAGAGCUCUUGAAAAGAAAGAAAUAGAUGUUGAUAGAAGGAUUUGAAUAAGAUCGUGAAUUACUUAAAAAACUUAAAAAGAAUGAUGACUGA